AUGUUGAAAUUCCACGGGUUAAUAAUUUGGAGGUUAGGAUCCCGAGCGAUGAUAAGAAAGUAUUCCAGUGCUAGCGCAUCUGUAUUCAAAACACAGAAUUUUGAGUCUUCUAAAGCCAUCUCUGAUAAAAAUGGCAAUAAUGAAGUAGCAGAUGUCAAAGAAAAUGGAGGUUUGUUAGCAGCAGCAUUUGCGGCACUAAAUUCAACAGAUACAGAAGAUAGAAGAAAGCCUAGCCCAAAGUCAGUGAAACAAAACCGUAACCAGAUGUUAGAUCAUCAAAUAUUGAAGGCAAAUGAUGUUAAUUCCCUUCUGCUGGUAGCUGAAAACUCUGUAGUUUCUAGAAGACAUGCUUUGAAGAUGGUAUCAAUCCUCUCAGAGUGGUCAAGCAGCAGCAAAGUGAAACUGACAGACUUUGAGAAAGACCCGCGGUUUCUUAAGUUGUGUAGAAUUCUAGCAAGAUCUUCCUCUCAAGACAUCAGUUCUCUAGCAAUGGCAGAAGAUCUUAGUACAGUUUUGGGUAUUACUGGAGAUGACGAAGCUGCCAGAUUGAUAGGUAAUCUGUCACUGUCCCAAAUGAUUAAGGUAAUGAAAGCUUUACACCAAAAAGGUCGCCGCAGCACACCUCUCCUCCGAGCUCUUUCUUACAACAUCACCAACCUGUCUGAACCUAUAGACCUGAAAAAAUCUGCCGAUUUACUGUUUUCAAUGGCAACAUUGAAUUUCCCAGACCCUAUGCUACUGGAUAGGAUAUGCAAUGACGUCAUAGAAAAUCUGCCAUUAAAUGAAGACAAGCCAGCGGUAGUAAACUCAAUAGUGGUAUCACUUGGACUAUUAAAGUAUCGCCAUGAAGGUGUUCUUACUGCUAUCGGGGAAUGGUUACAGAGCCAUAAGAGUGUGUGCAGAGCAAGCGAUAUAGCGUCCGCAAUCAUAACUUUUGGAACCGUUGACUUCGUGCCUCCAAUGAGCGAUACACUGUUUGAGACAGCGUUAUCCCUUAAAGAGGAGGAAAUGGCGAAGCCUUCAUCAUGGUUGGAUCUUGUGUUCUCAUUCCUGACACUGAACAGAGCUGAGAAAGAGCACUUAAUAUCCACAUUAAGGCCAGAGUUUAUCGAUAAACUGCUCUCAGCUGGUGAAAUCGCAAUUCCAGCUCGUCGCAAACUGAUUGCUAUUGAUGCGUACGUCAGCCUCAAAUAUCCGUCACAAACGCCACGGCUGGCCGAAGACAUUUCCGUGGGCGUGCCUAUAGUUUAUACAAAGGAAAAGGCAUUCUAUGUACAAAGCAUUAUGGACACAUUUAAAACUUUAGUGUCUGCAGAGUCGUUUUUAAAGAAAAAUUGUAAUUCUGACAUGGGAUUUUUAUAUGAUGCGGAGUUUGCGGUAGACUCCAAAUGUCAUCCAGUCCCCUUGCAAAAAGCUGUAAAUAACAAAAGUGUCAACAGGAUAGCAGUUUUGGGGCUGGACUAUCACGAUAUGACGCGAAAGACUAUAGUGCCUUUAGGAGUCAACCAACUUUAUACCAGGCUACUGGAGAUGAAGGGUUUCAAAGUUCUCCAAAUCCCGUACACAGAAUUCAACCCCAAGGACAAGCUGGUGACCAGGGUGCAGUACAUCGAGAAGCGGCUGAAAGAAAUCGUCAGCGCCAAGUCAUUAUAA